AAAUCUAAUUAAAAUCCAGGACAGCAACGGAUUGCUUGCAAUUGCUGCACUUGUUUUUUCUGUUGAGACUUUGACAGACCGACCACCGGCGGCGUAUCAACCACCCGAUUCCGAUGACGCGACUUCCGAUGAAGACGUCGUUUUCGUUCUCGUUCUCCUUCUUCUUCACGAUGAUGCUCUGGGCGCCGCUCUCUUAUGGCUUUGUGAAUCCCCGAACACUUCUUCAGCUGGAGAGCUCGUCGGGAAGCGGUGGCGGCAAGCACUUGACGAAGGAGGAGCUUUGGUUCGAUCAGACACUCGACCACUUCUCGCCGUACGACCGCCGCAAAUUCCCGCAGCGAUACUACGAAUUUCUCGACUACUUUAGACCUUCCGACGGACCCAUUUUCCUCAAAAUUUGCGGAGAAUCCGCGUGUGGCGGCAUCUCCACCGAUUAUCUGAGUGUGUUGGCUAAGAAGUUUGGGGCAGCUAUCGUUUCUCCCGAGCAUCGAUACUAUGGAAAGAGCUCUCCUUUCAAAUCUUAUACGACACAGAAUUUGAAGUACUUGUCAUCCAAGCAAGCGCUUUUCGAUUUGGCGGCUUUUCGUGAGUUUUAUCAGAAUUGGUUAAAUGUGAAGCUGAAUAGAACCAAGGGUGACAAUCCAUGGUUCGUGUUUGGUGUUUCUUACUCGGGAGCUCUUAGUGCGUGGUUUCGUGUUAAGUUUCCGCAUUUGACAUGUGGAAGUCUUGCAAGUUCUGCAGUUGUGGAAGCGAUUUAUGAUUUCACUGAAUUUGACCGGCAGAUUGGUGAGUCUGCAGGUCCACAAUGUAAAGCUGCACUUCAAGAAACUACUCGUAUCGUUGAACAAAGUCUUACAACUAAUGGAAAAGCAAUAAGGGCGUUGUUUGGUGCAAGCCAGCUUGAUAUUGAUGGUGACUUCAUGUAUCUUCUGGCUGAUGCUGCUGUUAUAGCGUUUCAGUAUGGAAAUCCCGAUAAAUUAUGUUCACCUCUUGUUCAAGCAAAGACGAAUGGAGAGGAUUUGGUGGAAGCGUAUGCCAAAUACGUUAAAGAUUUUUACCUUGGUACUCUUGGCAUUGACGUUGAUACAUAUAACCAGAAACACUUGAAGAACACUGCUGUUAGUGAGGGCAGUUCUGAUCGGUUGUGGUGGUUCCAAGUUUGUACUGAAGUUGCAUAUUUUCAGGUGGCGCCUGCAAAUGAUAGCAUCAGGUCUUCAAAAGUCGACACAAGAUACCAUGAAGACCUUUGCAAAAAUGUUUUUGGAGACGGCAUCUAUCCUGAUGUUUUUGCAACAAACUUAUACUAUGGAGGCACAAAAAUUGCAGGUUCAAAAAUAGUUUUUACAAAUGGCUCACAGGAUCCCUGGCGUCAUGCAUCCAAACAAACUUCAUCUCCAGAUAUGCCUUCGUACGUCAUCUCUUGCCAUAACUGUGGCCAUGGAACUGAUUUGAGAGGAUGCCCUCAGUGGCCUUUAACCCUUGAAGGCAAUUCCCAGAACUGCAGCAACCCUGAUGCAGUCAACAAAGUAAGGCAACAAAUUGUUGAACACAUUGACUUGUGGCUGUCGGAAUGCCAAGAAACUGGUAGGAAUUACAUGUAAUAUAUUUAUCUGACGUAGGAACUAUGUGUAUAACUAAUCUUAAUCUCACUUUGUACCUUCUCAACAGAUGUUUGAUUAUUAAUCUAUGACGGACAUCCCCGUAUGUACACAGAUCAUAUUCUAGGUAUACAGUUGUUCUCUUCGUCCUCGUGUACAUAACAAGACAAUCCAUUGAAACAUUCCAAGCACGUACGCUUUUUUUUCAUAUCGAUGCUUUUGUUCAUAAUCCACAUUUGGGUUCAUUCAAAACUGCUUUGGUAAUCCGUUGUAUUGAUCUUAUGAUGCUUAUUUCAUGUUGAAUGGAGUUUCUUUUCCGAAAAAAAAAAAAGAAAAGGAAAAUAUGCGACAUUUUAUUUUUACAUAUUCAAUGAUUCGUAGUUUUACAUUUUUGCCCAUUUUGGCCUCUUUUUCCUUCUCAUCUUGGUCCAACGAAUCUAACAGUGUCGCUUUCAUUGUUUUGGUCCAUCCUCCUCCGUUCUAUCGAUCUCGACCGUCAUACGUUUGAGGAAAUUGACGAGGCCAUGAAGAGCAACGUCAACGUAUGAGCUCCUUAGCAACCCUGGUGAGGGCUGACCUCUGUUCUCUAUCAACCCUUCAAUUUCUCCAGAGGUAGUUGUCGUUACUGUCACGACGAACACCAAGGUUGUUAGCGGCUAAGAUGUUGAACCCAGUCGGAGUGCAAUGCGACAUGUGAAUGUGCACGUUCAUUCGACCCGGACGCAACAAUGCCGGGUCAAGAUGGUCCUUGGUGGUUCGUGGUGAAGUUCAGUAGCCCUGAGAGUGUCAACUGCAAUUGACUCAUAAAAGAUGCAAAAGAGUACUGAACUUUGUCGUUAGUCUGUUGAUACGUCAUUUGCUCCUCCUCGAAUUGCCGCUUCUGCAUUUCCAGACUGCAAUCGAUAUCCUCCAUCACCAAAGUCGCCGUAAAUACUAGUGAGCUCCAAGUCACACACAUCGAACUUGACAUCAUUUGUCAUGGCCGCGAUCAAGCUCGAUUUUCCAGUGCCUGGAGGACCAUCCAAUAAGGGAUGAUCUUGGUCCGGUGGUAGAGCUCAGCGGCAUCAUAGACUUGGUUUCGGGACUUGCCAGAGUGCUCGUCGAUGACAAGAGUGAGGUGGGAGGAGAGUAAGAGUGGACCAGGUGAGGGACGAGCUCGUUGGCCAUGGAGUGGACGAGCAUCGCGGAGGCUGCGAAGGAGGCGUCAGCAGAGAAGAGGUUGGAUGCUGCGGUGGUGGGUGCCUCUUUGAGAGUAAACACUGUGGUCAACUCUAUGACUUUUUAGUCUCUGUGUUGAUUCUAAAAACUACUAAACAUACAUGUCGCACAAGCAGAAUAGCUAAUGAGUUAAAUACGUCAUUCGGUUGAA